AUGUUCCUAAGGAAUUUCAAAUCCAAACCACCAUUCACCUCCAUUCUUCCUUCAAAUGCCACCCUCCACCGCCUCUUCACCUUCAAUCCAAACGACGACGUACACAGAGUCUACACCCUCCUCACAACCACGUCUUCCCCCGAAAACCUCAAACAAUCCCUAAAAUCCACCGGAAUCUUUCUCUCAAACGAACUAAUCGACCAAGUCCUCAAAAGGGUUCGCUUUGGCCACGCAAACCCCUCUCAAACCCUCGAAUUCUUCAGGUACACCGGGAGACGAAAAGGGUUUUACCACACCGCUUUUUCCUUCGACACCAUGCUCUAUAUCCUCGGUAGAAGCCGCAUGUUCGAUAACGUUUGGGAUCUUUUAAUCGAAACAAAGCGAAAGGAUCAAACUGUUAUAACCCCUCGAACUGUUAUGAUUGUGCUGGGUAGAAUCGCCAAAGUUUGCUCUGUUAGACAAAUUGUUGAAUCGUUUAGAAAGUUCAAGAAGAUUGUACCGGAUUAUGAUACUAGUUGUUUUAAUGCAUUGUUGAGGACGUUGUGUCAAGAGAAAAGUAUGACGGAUGCGAGAAAUGUUUAUCAUAGUUUGAAGCAUAGUUUUCGCCCGAAUUUGCAAACUUUUAACAUUCUUCUUUCUGGGUGGAAGAGUUGUGAAGAUGCUGAGAUGUUUCUCAGUGAGAUGAAGGAAAGGGGGGUUACACCGGAUGUUGUUACGUAUAAUAGUUUGGUGGAUGUUUAUUGCAAAGGGAGGAAGAUUGACAAGGCGUAUAAGGUGCUCGAUGAAAUGCGUGAACAGGAUUUGUCCCCGGAUGUGAUUACUUAUACUAGUAUUAUUGGUGGGUUGGGGUUGAUUGGUCAGCCGGAUAAAGGUAGAGAUGUUUUGAAGGAAAUGAAGGAGUAUGGUGUUUACCCAGAUGUUCCGGCGUACAAUGCUGCUAUUAGGAACUUUUGUAUUGCGAAGAGGCUUGGUAAUGCUUAUGAUUUGGUGGAUGAGAUGACGAAGAAAGGUUUGAGUCCUAAUGCGACUACUUAUAACUUGUUCUUCCGGGUUUUUUAUUGGUCGUAUGAUUUAGAGAGUUCGUGGAACUUGUACAAGAGGAUGAUGGUUGAAGGGUGUCAUCCGAAUACGCAGUCUUGUAUGUUCUUGAUAAGGUUGUUUAAGAGGCAUGAAAAAGUGGAGAUGGCGUUGGAGUUAUGGGGUGACAUGGUGGAGAAGGGUUUUGGGUCGUGUACAUUGGUUUCUGAUGUGCUGUUUGACAUGCUUUGUGAUAUGGGGAAGUUGGUGGAGGCAGAGAAAUGUUUCUUGGAGAUGAUUGAGAAGGGGCAGAAGCCAAGUAAUGUUUCAUUUAAGAGAAUCAAGGUUCUUAUGGAAUUAGCAAAUAGACAUGAGGCCAUUCAGAACUUGGCGCAGAAAAUGGGCGUGUUUGGGAGACCGACACAAGUUCGCGAAAGAGUUAUGACACCAGUAGCGGAAAUGAGGGGAUUGGACAUCUAA